UAUUCUCUUUCUGCUGGAAUCCCCUCUGGCUGUGCAAAACGCUGAGGGGAAGGAGCUUUGGAGGACUUAGGCAGCCUUGGUGUAAGACACUCCCAACAGGAUCCUAUCAUCAUUUUGGGUAGUGCAAAAUUCACCAGGGCACAGCUCUUCUCUGGCGCCCAGCACCAACUGCUUUAACCAACAGUUAAAGGGAAGAACUUGAGAAAAGCCCUGCGUUCUCCUUGGAUGGGGGAAUCCUUCCUUAAGGAGGCCAUCUGAGUUACAUUCUGCUCCUUAAGUGCUGGGUGGAAGAGCAAAGCGCUUAUCAAAUGCAAACCCCUAAGGCAAAGGAGAAAUAUGGAAAGGAAAAGCGAAGACCUCUGUCUAAUUCAGAAUGGAGUGAUUAUAAAAGAAAGGAGUCAGCUGGGUGCAGUGGCCUGUAAAUCCCAGCACUUUGGGAGGCUGGGGCAGGUGGAUCAGGAGGUCAGGAGUUAGAGACCAGCCUAGCCAAUAUGGUGAAACCCUGUCUCUACUCAAAAUACAAAAAUUAGCCGGGCAUGGUGGCAUGCACCUGUAUUCCCUGCUACUUGGGAGGCUAAGGCAGGAGAAUUGCUUGAACCCGGGAGGCGGAGGUUGCAGUGAGCUGAGAUCACACCACUGCACUCCAGCCAGGGUGACAGAGUGAGACUCCACCUCAAAAAAAAAAAAAGGAAGGAGUCGUUGAAAAAGAUUAAGUUCUAACAGGAUUGACUUUCAUCACUUGAAUGAUGAAAGAAUCCAAUUACCUGCAAAGUAAUUAGAAUGUUCCUAAUAGGGAAGCCCUAGCCUGAGAAUAACAGAUGCCUCCUCAUUACAUCACAAUGGCCAAGUUGUGAUGUCAAUACAGAGCACCCACUCUUCAGUAAGUGUUGUAAGUGAAGCCAGAUAUGCUGAAGAGCAGAAUCAGCAUGAGGAGCAGACACCCCAGGAGAGUUUUGAGACAGGGUCUCACUCUGUCGCUCAGUCUGGAGUAUAGUGGCAUGAUCUCGGCUCACUGCAACUUCCGCCUUCCCGGUUCAAGCAAUUCUCCUGCCUCAGCCUCCCAAGUAGCUGGGACUACAGCUAUCUCUGAAGGGCACAAAUCAGAAAGCAUCAUGCCUCCUAAUAAAGAGGCCAGCAGUCUCAAUAGUUCACCAGCGGGGCUCAUCUGCCUCCCUCCAAUCUCUGAGGAGCUACAGCUUGUAUGGACCCAAGCAGCCCAGACCAGUGAGCUAGACAGCAAUGAACACCUGCUACAAACCUUCAGCUACUUUCCCUAUCCCAGCCUAGCAGACAUUGCCCUUCUCUGCCUGCGUUAUGGGUUGCAGAUGGAGAAAGUCAAGACUUGGUUUAUGGCCCAGCGCCUCCGCUGUGGCAUUAGCUGGUCAUCUGAAGAAAUAGAAGAGACUCGAGCCCGAGUGGUCUACCAUCGGGACCAACUCCAUUUCAAAUCCCUUCUCUCUUUUACUCAUCAUGCAGGACGGCCCCCAGAGGAGGUGCCUCCUCCAAUGCCAGCUCCAGAACAAGUUGGUAUUGGAAUAGGUCCUCCAGCUCUUAGCAAGCCCACCCAGACGAAAGGAUUGAAGGUAGAGCCUGAGGAGUCCUCUCAGAUACUGCCACUGCCACAGAGUCACCAGAAGUUAAAGGAGUCCCUGAUAACACCUGGCAGUGGAGCAUUCCCCCACCAAUCAGAUUUUUGGCAAGAUCUUCAAAGCAGUGGCCUCUCAAAGGAGCAGGCAGGCAGGGGUCCCAACCAGUCACACGGCAUAGGUACUGCUUCCUGGAACCACUCCACAACUGUCCUCCAGCCACAAGCACGGGAUAAGCCCCCACCAACUGCAUUAAUUGCCAGUAGUUGUAAGGAGGAGUCAGCAUCUAGUGUUACUCCCUCUUCUUCCUCUACCUCUUCUUCCUCUUUCCAGGUACUAUCUAAUGGAGCAACUGCCACCUCCAAACCCCUUCAGCCACUAGGCUGUAUCCCACAGUCAGUGUCACCCAGUGAUCAGGCAUUACCCCCACACCUGGAAUCAGCCUGGCCCCAUGGGCUACGGCAUAACUCAUUACCAGGUAGGGUUGGUCCCACAGAGUACCUAUCCCCAGAUAUGCAACGCCAGCGAAAGCCCAAGCGCAAAACCAAAGAGCAGCUGGCUAUCCUCAAAUCCUUUUUUUUACAGUGCCAAUGGGCACGGCGUGAAGAUUACCAUAAGUUAGAACAGAUCACUGGUUUACCUCGGCCUGAAAUCAUUCAGUGGUUUGGUGACACACGCUAUGCCUUGAAGCAUGGGCAACUAAAAUGGUUUCGGGACAAUGCAGUACCUGGUGCCCCUAGUUUCCAAGACCCAGUAAUUCCUACACCACCUCCACCAUCAACCCGCUCCUUGAAUGAAAGGGCUGAGACACCACCUCUGCCGACCCCUCCACCCCCACCGGAUAUGCAGCCCUUGGAGAGGUACUGGGCAGCCCACCAACAGCUACGGGAGACUGAUAUCCCUCAACUGAGUCAGGCUUCAAGGCUUAGCACCCAGCAGGUACUGGAUUGGUUUGACUCUCGAUUACCUCAGCCAGCUGAAGUGGUAGUUUGUCUAGAUGAAGAAGAGGAAGAGGAGGAGGAAGAACUGCCAGAAGAUGAUGAGGAAGAGGAGGAGGAAGAAGAUGAUGAUGAUGAUGAUGAUGAUGUGAUCAUACAAGACUGAGUGGGGAGCUGGGGGAGGGGAGGUCUGUUACUAAAAGAUGAACCAACUUAGCAACUGUUUAAACAAAGAAACCACAUUUUUAAAAUUACCUUGUGGCAGAGAACUAAAAAGUUUUGUGUUCUUCAGGGUGGGUGGCAGGGGAAUGUAGUGAGGGUGAACCAGGGAGGAUGAGCAUAGGGCACUAAGUAAGGCUGGGAUUGGAUCAGCAGAAAUCCAGACCUCUAAGCUCAGUGUAGAGUGUACCAAGGAUCUGGAGAAACCGUGGGCUGGGAAAUGGCAUUUGCCCUCCUCAUGCCUGCUGUUCUUUUCCCUUAGUGUACUAUAGAGAGGCCAGACCUUGGCCACACCUCUCCAGGAGGAUUGGAAAGGAGUAAAGGAUUCUAAUUCGAUUGAUGAUUCCAGUGCAUCCCCAACCCUACCAUCUUUCCUGGAAUAUAAGGCUCCCUUGCACUCCUUUUCUGAACACAAGUCUGUGUGUAAUGCAACUGACUCUCUUACUUUUUUUCUUAAUGACUGAUCAUUUCCUAGACAACUGAGAUUCUCAGUAAGUCCCAGUCUCAUCACAAAUAUUAACUUCCUUUUCCUCAUACAUCAUGAUUUUAUAUGUUUCACCUGCUUCAUGACUGAAUCACAGGUGGCAGAAUAUUUUCAUUUCUUAUGCUGGGACCACCCUUUGCCUUGUAGCUUUUUCUCUCUUUCCAAAAUCCUCACUCUGUUCACUAUUUGUCUCAGGGUAAAUCUUCCCCCACUGAGCUUGUGAAAAACUUUAAUUGGGUGGAGAAUAAUUUAGAAUGGAUAUUUAUUAGAAAAGAAGACCUUUUAAAAAGUAGAAUUAUGUUACAAAGGGGUGAAAGAGAGGGAACAGUUUCUCCUGGUUGAAGGGCAGUGGAGGUAGGUUUCAGGUUUGGUUUUACAAACCUCAUAACGACCUUCUGUCCAGCUUGACAGAGACUAAUUCUUCAUCUUUUUGCUGCCAGUUUGUUUCCAGAAAAGAGACUUUUCCCUCUCUUUAUAGGAUCUGUCUUAGGGACAGAGGGACCAUGGUCUUUGAGUCAAUCAAUUAUUGAUGUUUUAGAAUGGUUUUCAUUAGUUGGGAACAGCUAUAUGGCAAAUAGGUAUCAUCAAUGAGUUAACCAUCUAAAAAUAAAAGAGUGGAAGCCCUAAGAUGCUAGAAUAGUAAUAAAAAGGCCAAAAAUAAAAUUGUUUCUCUCUCA